AUGGUAUAUUCAUCGAAUUGGCAAAAGCUUCAAAAAACUUUACCCCACAAGAAACAGAAUCGUAAAGUUCCGAAGCAGAAUGGGAAAAAAAUUGCACCAAGAAAUAAGCAUCAAUUUCGUGAAAAAAAAGGAACAACUGAUACACCGAUAAUGCAAAUGGUUAACCAAAUGACUAAAAUUAUAGAAACCAGAAAAACUUUAAGGAAUUUACCUAGUGAGAAAAGUCUAAAUGUUGAUUUAGAAAAAGCUAUUCAGAAAGAUGUUUCAAAUACAACCACGGUUGAUAAUCACUCUAAUCGUUCCGUCAAAAGUAUUACCGACGUUGGUAAAUAUAUAUCUAUGGAUUGCGAAUUUGUAGGUGUAGGUGUUGAUGGUUCCGAAUCUGUAUUGGCUAGAAUAUCAAUUGUUAAUUUUUAUGGACAGGUUGUAAUGGACGAAUUUGUUAAACCAAAGGAAAAAGUUACUGACUUUAGAACAUGGGUGAGUGGGAUCAGACCAAGCGACUUACAAAAUGCCAUUUCAUUUGAAGAGGCACAGGCGAAAGCCGCUGCCAUUUUGGAUGGCAGAAUACUGAUUGGUCACUCGAUUCAGCACGAUUUAGAUGUGCUACUAUUGUCACAUCCAAGCUCAAUGAUUAGGGACACUUCAAGGCAUUUACCGUUUAGAGAAAAGUAUUCAAAGGGUAAAACUCCAAGUUUGAAAAAACUGGCAAAAGAAGUUUUAAAUAUAGACAUCCAAGGAUCCGAGCACUCAUCUGUUGAAGAUGCAAAGGUGACUAUGCUUUUAUAUAAAUCCGAUAGAAAAGAAUUUGAAAAAUUGCAAAGAACUAAACCACGCAAAUAA